GGUCUUGCUGCCCAGUCGGACAGUCUGAGCAGGAUGGAUGAAAGAGAUGUAAAGAAAGCAGAAUAGAGGAGAAUAAGAGGAGGCAAGGUGAGGAGCAGAGAGUGGCAUACCCUCCCAGGUAGUGGCUGCCAUCGACAUCAACACCACAGCCAAUCUGAUCUACAAGCACAACUUCCCUGACACUCCCCUCUGGAACAAGACCAUCGAGGGUAUAUCAUUAGAUGACUUCAAUAAAUUAUCUUUUGACAUGAUUUUGAUGAGCCCUCCUUGCCAGCCUUUCACCAGGAUUGGGCUUCAGGGGGACACUGCUGACCCAAGAACCAAGAGCUUCCUCUACAUCCUGGAUCUUCUGCCGAGGCUGUGCAGGCUGCCCCGCUUCAUCCUGCUGGAAAAUGUGAAAGGCUUCGAGACGUCCUCCGCAAGGGAACGCUUGGUGAAAACGCUGAUGGAAUGUGGAUACAACUUUCAGGAGAUCAUGGUCUCACCCACAAGUGUCGGCAUCCCAAAUUCAAGGCUGCGUUAUUUCCUGAUUGCUGAGAAGUCAGCAGGACAGUUGAGCACCCAGACGGGUUUAAAGAUGUUAGAUGUCCUUCCACUUCCUGCCAAGAGUGAGCCUGCCGAGCAGCCCAGAGUCUUGAGUCCUGUCUGCCAACGUAGCGGCCAACCAGAGGAGGAGGUGCAAAGGGGAGGAAUCCUCUAUAAACUAGAGACCCAGAUGGAUGCACAGAGGAAGGUUAAUCAGAACCGGGAUCUGUCUGUCAGGGAGAUCCAAGACUUCCUGGAACCACAGAUGGAGGUCAACCUGGAGCUCCACCUGCUUCCUCCUAAAACACUGCUGCGCUAUGGGCUCCUCUUGGACAUCGUUCAGCCCACAUGCAGGAGGUCCGUCUGCUUCACUAAAGGCUAUCGGCGCUAUGUGGAGGGAACUGGCUCGGUGCUGCAGAGCUGCACGGAAACGAAGAUUGAGAGUGUGUUUACGGGUCUGGACCAGCUGUCUGAAGAGGAGAAACUCCAGCGGCUGGUGAAACUAAAGCUCCGAUACUUCACUCCCAGAGAAGUGGCCAACCUCAUGGGCUUUCCUCAAAGUUUCUCCUUUCCAGAGCAGAUCCCUACCAUCCAGCGGUACCGAGUGUUGGGAAACAGCCUCAACGUGGUGGUGGUGGCCAGACUGCUGCAGCUGCUGGUCUCAGAGCGCUGACGACAUGCUGGAGACCAGAACCGUGUGAGUGUGGUGAUACCAGUGGGUUCUCUCUGACGUGGGGUUCUGAUUAAACAUGGAUCAACGUGUAGGCAGCAGUCAGGACGCUUUCUGUCUAUGACGUGCUCAUGAAGGUCUUGUAUCUCCAUCACACAGCCACGUUGAGCUUCUUGUGUUUGCCUCUCUCUGUCUCCACAUGCUUGUGUAUUUUCUGCAUCAGAAUAAAUACCAUUCAUGAAAUUAAAGGUUUGAUUUGUGGAAGGAAAACUAGACUGUCCCUGCUGAGAAGAAGGAUGGUGAGUGUUUUCCUGAAGGGGCUGCACAUGGCACCGCUGUGGUGUCUAAACACAGAACAGUAAACUGUUGGGAUGAAUGUUCUCAGCUCAUGUGUAGUCCAGUUCUUAGUCUCAGAUGGCCAAAUGCUUUUAUACCUGAGUAAGAAAUGCAUACUCGCUUGAUGCCUGCAGUCACAGUUGCCUUAAACAGAAUUCCCCGCUGAGCAUCCCUGUACUACAUUGUCAUGUCUUUCAUACUAUUUCAUGUUGUACUUUGUGUUUGUUAUUCUGUCUGCGUACCCUUAUGUGUGAUUCUGUGUAGUCUGUAUUGUCAUGUUGUGAGAUGGAAGUAAAGGGCUGGUUUGUAUAAAAUAAUUUCCCCCUGGGGACAAUAAAGUCUAAGUCUAUACUCGUACAAGAAAAGGUGGCUGUGUGGCUACUCCUGCCAGUGUUCUGGUAUCAGCAGGAGCAGUACUCAUACAACUACAGAAACAUCUGGACAUCAAUUAGAAAACAAACAUUUAUUGUGUUUCUAUAAACUGAAGACUCAAACAGAGCAUGAAUGUCUCAGAGUGUGUGUCCACACUGAGCUGGAACAUGUCCUCCUCAGACCAUCAUCUCCAUGAUCACCUCUAUGAGACAGCAGUCAGAAGACACACUGAAGGUCUCUCAACCUCUCAAUAACUGGAUUAUUUCUGAGCUGAACACUUCAAUGUUUCCUGUUGUGAACAAGAACAAGGCCUGUAUGGAAACAAUGCAACCACAGUAAACACGGCUGUGACCAGAACUGAGCUUUUCAAUGAGCCCAGGUGCAUUAAGGUGGUUAAAGGACGAGCUGUAAACACCAGAACGUCAUCAGCAACUCACAAAAACCAGGAGACGACAGCUGUGUGGUGACCACAAAGAUUUACUUUUAACAACCAAUCAAACAAAUGCUGCAUAAAAACCCUGCUGCUGGUGUUCCUGGAGACGGGCAGAACCUGUCAGAACCUGUCAGAACCUGUCAGAGAGCCAGCCAGAGGCUGACUGAGGGAACGAUGGAGGCCUUAUCCGGCUGAUCUACUGGCUCCAGGUGAGGCUCAGCCGACCAGCGAGCCUCUGCUCAGCCACAGGAACACAGGGACACCUGGUGGACAGGUGGAGGGUCGCCACUAGUGUCUUAUAAAACUGAGUGUGCAUUUUAUAGUGACUGGAGCCAAGUAUGACUCAGCAUAUUGUUAAUGGCUUUAUACAGUUAUUUGUAUUAAUUUAAUGAGUGACAGUAAUACUGGACACUGUGGUGCAUGGAGUCCCCUCCAAUGUGUGUUUCCUGUUACAUGACUAAGGUUGAAUAAUUCAAACACAACCCUUCAUCCUGUUGGUCAGUCCCUCCAGUUUAGUUGAAGCCUAAACACACAGUUUGUAAAAGUUCACUGCUUUAAUGUUUCACUGUGAUAUGUACCGUCUGUGUAUUGUGAUAUCAAUAAAGUUUUGAGAAGGCAUAAACUUUA